AUGUUUGUUCGUCUUCCGAGUGAGGUCCAUUUGGACAUAGCCAAAUGCCUCAACUUUAAUCAGUUAUUUUUUGUUAAACAAGUCAAUCGCUACUUUUCUUCGUUUAUUGGCAAAUAUGAGGGGGAAUUGGCUCGCAAAUUUUUCAAGCAUAUCGGACCGAUCGAACUUGAGUACUUUUAUAAACAACACAAAAGAGAGAAUGGUCAGCUUGAUUACAAAAUUGUAUCUCUUCAAGAGCUUGGACGUUAUGUUGUUCGUUUUUCGUUGGAUAAAUGGCUUAAGGAGAGGUGGGAAACCGCAAUAGAUAUAGAAACUCGUACGUAUUGCUAUACAGGUCGUUGGGACCGUCCGAAAUAUUACCAUUAUUUGCGUUUAACGGAUGGUAUUAACUUUACAAUUAAUAUUGUUAAGGUUCAAUUAUUUCUAGAAUCUCGUCAUUUAAUCUUGCAAUUGCCUCCGUUUCCAGAGUAUAUUGAAGAACUGCAAAUUAUUCGUUUUUGGUUACUCCAGCUGUUCAAUUGUUCUUUUGAAGAAGUUGACUUUACAUUUGCUACAUUCAAUCCUUCAAUGAUUAAAUUACUUUUUGACACCGACAAAACAAUUUCUACCAAAUUUCUUACUAGACGUGCAACAAUAUUUGACUCAGUUCCUAGAUUAAGAAAUAUUUUCAAAAACAAUCUGACAAUUUUGGAAAGUCUUAAAAUAAAACCUAGUUGGGCAGUGGAGAAUUAUCGUGUUUUGUUGCCAAUAUUUUUCAAUAAAAUUCCUUAUGUUUUUUCCGAUCAUGAUGCAUAUCCUACGCUUUGCAACUUGAUUUUGGAUGUAAGUUUAACUUUUGCUUAG